AUGGCUGUUCCUCAGUGGGCAAUAGGACAUGAAGGGUAGCAUCGGACAGAGCCUGUGUGGUUGUCAGGCAUAUCCGUGCGCAAGGUGCCUCGUGCACUUUAAAUGUGUGAGUGGCCAGAGAGUAAAUAUAGUUUAGAUGUAUUAGCCUGACGGUGAUCGUAUUUCACUAAGGUUGCAUUUAGGAAGGCCGGCAGUGAGUCAGAUUGGGUCUGGAUUUUUAGUUCCUGCUUGAAGAUCACAUUUCCUUGUUGGCCACCGCUAGCCACUGAGAAGAUGGUGGACCAUUUGGCAAACACGGAGAUCAACAGCCAGCGGAUCGCAGCAGUGGAGAGCUGCUUUGGGGCAUCAGGGCAGCCGCUCGCCCUACCCGGCCGUGUGCUCCUGGGCGAGGGGGUACUGACGAAGGAGUGCCGCAAGAAGGCCAAGCCACGCAUCUUCUUCCUCUUCAACGACAUCCUGGUAUACGGCAGUAUUGUGCUUAGCAAACGCAAGUACCGCAGCCAGCAUAUUAUUCCCCUGGAAGAGGUGACCUUGGAGCCACUGCCCGAGACCCUGCAGGCCAAGAACCGCUGGAUGAUCAAGACCGCCAAGAAGUCUUUUGUGGUGUCUGCAGCCUCCACCACGGAGCGCCAGGAGUGGAUCAGCCACAUCGAAGAGUGUGUGCGGAGGCAGCUGCUGGCCACGGGCCGCCAGCCCACCACGGAGCACGCAGCGCCGUGGAUCCCUGACAAGGCCACGGACAUCUGCAUGCGCUGCACGCAGACACGCUUCUCGGCACUCACUCGGCGUCACCACUGCCGCAAGUGCGGGUUCGUGGUGUGUGCCGAGUGCUCCAGGGAGCGCUUCCUGCUGCCAAGGCUCUCCUCCAAGCCCCUUCGUGUCUGCAGCCUCUGCUACCGAGAGCUGGCCGCCCAGAAGCGGAGGGAGGAGGCACAGGAGCGGUACAGGAGCUCUCCAGGGCAGCCGACCCACCUAGGUGGCGCUGUCUGUGGUGCAUCCAGUGGCGAUGAUGAUGAUUCUGAUGAGGACAGAGAAGGCAACGGAGAUGGAGAUGGCGACUGGCCCAGCCAGAUGGAGUUCUAUGCGUCUGGUGUCUCCUGGUCAGCCUUCCACAGUUAACCCUGUGGAAGAGAGAGUGUCUCCAUCAAGCCAGUCCACUGCCCAGGGCCCCAAGAGUUCAGGUCCUGAACUGUCUGGUUUUGCUGGACCUCUUGCCCAUGGUGGUGGGCAUGUGACAGGUGGCUGCUCCUGAGCCAUUGCUAGUGCCUUUCUGCUAGACAGACGCCUCCUAGGCCGUCAUCUAACGCUGUUCAGAUAACUGCCUUUGCAUUUCACGUGGCCUUGGUGACUAGCUGCAGCCCUUGGGAUUAGACCAGGCCGGGUGUCCCAAGCAUUAAAAGAGUCAGGCUGGGGCUGGAGAGAUGGCUCAGCGGUUAAGAGCAUUGACUGCUCUUCCAGAGGUCAUGAGUUCAAUUCCCAGCAACUACAUGGUGGCU